AUGGCGGAUGCACCUCUGUACAAGCAGCGCCGCAGGUACACCAGGGAGCUCCACGACGUCGACCUCCACGGCAACCACAAGCUCCACGUUGUUUGCACAAGCAAGGGUCAAGACGUGGACAAGAUGCUGUCCACGCUCGGGAGGAAGCUCGACAGAAUGCCCGUCAAACUAGUCCGUGUUGAUCUCGAGUACACGCACUACGUGAAGCCACAGCGGGCAGCAGUGCUCCAGCGAUGCGUAGAAAAAGAAUGCCUUGUCUACCACAUCUCUGCAGCUAAAACAUAUUUACUAGUUAUGUUAUACAAAGUAUUAGCAGCUACUCACUGCAACAGAUUCAGGCCAAUGGAACUAGACAAAUUCCUCAUGACUGCUGAGUACACCUUCGUCGGAUUCGCCAUUGAAGGAGACAAAAGCAAGCUAAAGCUAUCUGGCUUGGAGAUCAACUCCGACAACUACAUUGAUAUUCAGGUGGAAUGGAGAGACCCAUACAAUAAAAAGGAGUUUGAGUCUUUGGCUGAUGUUGCCAGCAGGAUGAUAGACAUUCACUACCAUGACAUGAAGAAAAAAAUUAACCGCAAGGAGGACCAUACUCUGUGGGGAUUUUGCCCGCUGCCAGACAAGCUUAUCAAGUAUGCAGCAAUAAAUGCAUUCACAACAUAUGAGUCAUGGAGAAUCAUAUACGAUGUCACAAUGUUUCUGGACAGGGCAAAAAGAGAAAAAGAAGCAAAGAAGAAGAAGAACAUGGCUGUAAUCCAAUACAUCAACUAG